AUUUUUCGUGCCGAAUUCAACCAUUGUUUGGUAAACGGCACUUUCUCAUUAAAAAACCCCCGCCGUUGCUUUUAGAAGCUGAAACACCCCCCCAUUUCAGCGCAGGGGACUCAGUUUGGAGAAAGUUUCGGUGCUGCGGGUUGUUUCAGCCCCGCAGGUGGGCUCAGCCCUGUCGGGGGCCCGGGGUUGCGACCGAGCCGUGGUCGCGGUGGCCGAGCAUGGCUGACGGUGAGGAUCCCGGCCACCCGCUCCCUCCCGCAGCCUUUUAUCGGCCGGUGUCCCGGUGGGGCUGCCGGUGGGGCCGUCGGCGGGAGCCUGAUUGGCUCGGCACCGUCGCUUCCAGGUUGGCGUUCCUCAUUCCUCCUUCCUCCUCCCGCAGCCCAGGUAAACCCGACCCGGCACUUGGCCUCCCAGGAUUAGCAACUCGCUCCGGCUCGCCUCUCUCUUCAGUUUUUUUUUUCCCCUUUCCCCUCCCCUUCCUUAUUUUUUUUUUCCUUCCCCCCACCCUUUUUAUCUUUUUUAUAUUUUUUAAUAUUAUUUUUAAAUAAGAUUUGUUUCCCAGCCGGGGGAGCAGGCGCGAGGGGCGCGGGAGGAAUGAGCAGCGGGCUGGUGCUGCGCACCCCGCUCCCCGAGGACGCCUCGGCAUUUACGCCGCUGAAGCCCGUCACCAUGUCGGGGGAACCCGGCGAAGACGCCCCAGUCUUUGAGGACAUCAAACCCCUCACCCGGCCCCUGGAAAACCCGCCCGACCUGGCGCAGCUGCACCCGAUGAGGAUGGAACAGCGGAUGCCGCCACUCAUUCUAGAGGCCCGAUCUGAAAUGGAUAAGUACCUUUCGAACGAGGUGCCACCCAUCCCGAUGAUACCAGACAAGAAGUACCGCCGGGAGAGUGCCUCGGUGGUAGAUGAGUUCUUCUCCACGGAAAAGCCUUCCUCGACGCCGUACAGUGUGAACAUCAAUGUGAUUCUGCCAGACACCACACACUUGCGCACUGGACUUUACCGGCCACCCAGACCCAUUACACCAUUCACACAGAUCAAAACAGAGCCCGGCACCAGCUUUGCCCAGCCCUGCUCUUCUGCCUCCGGCUCCACACAGACCCUGCCUGACUUCACCAGUGUCUUCAGCAUGCCCCAGUCAGUGGCAGUGAACAACAUCUUCAUCAAGCAGGAGAUGCCCUCCGAGAUCCCUUUAUCUACCAACCCACAGCAACCCCAGCUUUACCAAAUGCCUCUUGGCAAUGGAAGCGGUGACAUUACCACCCUGACGUCCUCCUCCAACAACACAACAGCCAUCAACAGCCUCAGUGGUGUCACCAUGUCCACAGGUAACACUAUGUCCAGUGUGGCCCACAGACCUGUCCAUCCAGGAGGCCCAGUUAAGCAGUACCCACACGUCUCCCAGGGACAGGGAAACUUCAGCAUCUCAGGGCAGUUCUACGCUGUCCCGGGAGUGAACCUGCCCCCUUCGCCCCCCAACUCGCAGCCUGGCAGCCCAGAAAAUCAACCCGAGCUCAUCAACACCAUCUCUCCUCCACCAUCGUAUGAAGCCACUUUUGGACUGAAGUUGGUCCAGUCAUCCCAGGCCCCUCAAGUCCCCAAUGGCCUUGGGACCCUUUCCCAAGGGCACAUUGUCAUGCAGCCCCCCAAAUACAACAGGCGCAACAACCCUGAGCUGGAGAAAAGGAGAAUCCAUCACUGCGAUUUCCCAGGUUGCUCAAAAGUUUAUACCAAGAGCUCCCACCUGAAGGCACAUCAGAGGACUCACACAGGUGAGAAGCCCUAUAAAUGCACCUGGGAAGGCUGCGACUGGCGCUUCGCCCGCUCCGACGAGCUGACCCGGCACUAUCGGAAGCACACAGGUGCCAAGCCCUUCAAGUGCCUGGCCUGCGGCCGCUGCUUCUCCCGCUCCGACCAUCUGGCUCUCCACAUGAAGCGGCACCAGAACUAGGAGCCGCCUAUGAUCCCCACUCCAAGAGCAGCUGAAACUCUCAUUUUCCGAGGGGCCUCUCCUCCUCGCGUACGUAGGAACAAACCCAUGCUGUGAUCAACUGGCAGGGCAGGGGUGGCCCCCUCUGCAAGCCCUGUCGCCUACCGUUUCUGGUUUUAAAAGAAAUUUCAUUAAAAGAGUUAUAAUUACAGACUGAUCUCGUGAUGAGGCUCCCAAAGACGCUAAAGAGAUGGACCUUGGAUUCCAAAGGGCUUUCUUCCAGCAAACCUGCUAUUUAUUUGUCACUCAGGAGCAACUGUCCUUCGUGUCUCAAGCUCUUUGGGAUUUUUUUUAUCACUUUCAGGGUGGUGUGUUCGGUGAGCCCGAGGAGGGUUGUGACAGGUUGGUGGCCUGGCUGUGCGUGAGAGGUCUCACCUGGAGCUGUCAGUGCAAUCCCGUGGCGUGGCCGUGGAUGUGGCACCUCUGACAUGCAGGGACACGAGCACACGCCCAGGGCUGUUUGGGUUGACAAUCCCAGUCUCUGUGGGGGCAAAGAAGAAAGGGCCAAUGACAUACACACCUGGUGUGCCUUCAAGCAAGGGACAGCACAAAAGCAGAUGACAAAAGCCGUCAUCUGUGUCCUGUUGAGCCACCUGUGGUUUCCUGGCAGCCAUCUCACUUGGGGCUGUGAAUAUCUGCCCUGCUUGGCCAGGGCUUUUGGUUAUGUCCUAAGCAUUUCUGCUUCCAAGACGUAUUUUGACUUCAGGUGUCUUUGGGAGGACCAGCGUGGGUCUUGAAACCAUUGUAAAAAAGCCACUGAUGAAGCUCUGGUUUCCCAGAAUACUCUGUGCCUUUCUCCAAAAAGCGCUGGGCAGGCUCUGCUCGUGCCUAACACACCCUGUCAUCGACAGUCACACCGGUCUUGUGCUGUUGCUGUUUUAUCACAUUUGGAUAGAAAAGAAAAAACAGGAAAAAAAGCGUCUUUGAAACAAAUUCCAAUAAAUCCUGCUGUUCAGAUUGUAAUCAUGUUACCUACCUCACAGGUUCCCCGCCUUGGGCUCCGUAAGGCACCUUUCCCCUUCUUCCGUGAGGUGCUGUGACACGUGGGGCACAUCAGCCAUUCUUCAAAGUCUACCAGGACAGGAUAAGAACCAGGCCAUGCCAGUUUAAACAGCAGCCCUGCAGGUAAUAAAUAAAUCAGGAACAAAUAAUGGGCCCGGUGUGUUCAACAGAAUAUCGAUUUCCCUCCCCACAUCCUCCUCUUUUAUUCUUUCUUGAACAGAUUUAAGGGGUAUGCGGACUGAUGUGUGUCUGCAGUAUGAACUGGAAGGCCAUGCUGAACUAUGCCAUCUUUAUGUGGUGGAAAUUUGAAGGCCACCCCUUUUUGCUGUUGCCCAGCCACACAUGAGUCAAAAACUGCAGCUGGGUUCCUAGUUGUCCUUUGCCUUGGAUAAAUAAAACCACUCACACCUGCAGCACGUGUGGCUGGUCUGGCAUGGCAGGAAGGGUCUGAGGGAAUUGCACGGUGUGGUGUAGGCUUUGGGAUGGAAGAUGUGCCCUUUGUGUGGCUCUUUGGCAAGAAGCCUCCUCCUUUCUCCGUGCCAGUGGCGAGGGUGGGGAUGGAGAGGUGAAGUCAGGCCACCAAAUUGCUGGGAGGCGGCUUGGGUGACAUUCUCUGUGGUGCGUGGGAAGGGCUUUCCAGACCUGAGCGCUGGCGACUUUGCCUGGCUGGAGGGUUUGAUGACAACACCCUCUUGGCACCAUGUUCAAGUGAGGACUGGAGAGUCUGUCUCAUGAGUCGCUUUUUGCUGACCACAUAUACGUCCUCCGCGUCGUUUUUCCAACUCUUUCAUUGCUUGUUGCCACAGCUCGCUGGGGAUCGUGGGUGCUGGAGCAAAUGGGUUCAUUUGCCAUCUGCUUUGUUGGCUGUGGGGUCUGGCUCCUCUUCAGGGCACAGGACCUUGCCAAAUCCAAUGUUGUGACCUGGGCCCUUUUUCUCUUGGAGGUUUGGUUGGACCAUAUGAGAAAAUAGGGCUUGCAGUUCCAUCUCCUCCGAGGAAAUGGAGGGGUAGGAGUGAUAUGUGGCCUGAAGCCUCCGUGCAGGGAACAAUUUUAGCUCUUGCUUCUGCCUAUAGAUGGGUCUGGAGAGGCUCGGGGAAGGUCUAUGGAAAAAAACAACCCUGGAGAGCAGCAGUGGUGCAGGAGCGCGUCUGCCAGCACAGGCGGGUUGAGCUCAUGCCAAAGGAGUUUCAGGGUAGCGUGGAGAUGCCUCAGCCGGUCCCUGCCGGUGUCUCCAGGAGGCUCAAGCUGGCUCUGUGGGGCUGCUGGGCACCCAACACGGCUGUGCUGGGCUCCACCUGCUCGUCUGGUGCCUGUUCAGCCCAGGCACGGGGAGCUGGUGGCACCGCAGUCCCAGGACAGCAGAUCCCAUAUCAUAACACGCAGGGAGAUGUUGGGUUUUUUUGGUGCAUUGUGAUUGAACCUCCUCAAGGUGAGAGUUAAACUAUGGGGCACAGGGUCAACUCAGACACCACCUGUGCUGGGGUCAGCCCUCACCUGUGGCCCUCUCAGAGCGGUUUCGUUGCCCCGCCUCUUGUUUUUGGAGAAGGGAAGCUCCACUACCCCCAAUGUCCAUCCCUCCCCUGCUGUGCUGGUGGAGCCCAAAACCUGUUUGCUGAAGAACAGUACAAAGCCAAAACAACCAACAGGCAGCUUCAAAUUGUAGGGAAAUUUUAAAUAAUUUUCCUGAUGAUCUUGUUUUUUAUCACUACAGAAAAAAAAAGCAUCUGCUUAUCCCCACAUAGACUAUGUGUGUGUGUGUAUAUAUAUAUGUAUAUAUAUGAUUUAUUUUUUAAUUUGAUGGGGGUUGCAGAGGAAGAAAUGUCUUAACAAAAACCCUCCCCAACCCAGUGCUGCUUCCCAAGCAGCACCACUGCUCCGCAUGCAAAAUGCCGACAUGCAAAUGUUUUACUACUGCAAAGACAAAAAGAGCCUGAAGGAAAACCACAGCAAGCCUUGGCUUUUGUUUCUCUAUCUUUGUGUGGACAGCCUCUGGCCUUGCAUCUCGUUUUGCAGCUCCUGGUGGCCAAGGGUGAGCGCCGGGGCGGAUGGGGAGUGAUGCUGAAGGACCAAAGCCCCUCUGGGCUGCGGGAGGGACGGGGACAGCUCGGAGCUGAGUGACGUAGCUGGGGGUGCGCGAACCCCAGCCGAAGGAGGGACAUUGAGGUGAAGGGGACAUUGGAACAGGUUUGCAAACCGGGGAGGCUUUGCAAGCCCGUGCUUGGUGCAGAACGAAAGCCAGCCUGGCGCCUUGUCUCUGCCACACUUGUAUCAUAGUCGGGAAAAAAUAAACCCAAAAAAUUGAUGUAAAUAGGAAAAAAAGAGCACUGUAUCACUUCACGGGUCUGCGUGGAUGGAAAGUGAUUGUUUACUGUCUGAGAUGAACACAAUGUGAAAAAAAAAUUGGGACCUGGAAAACUUGGGUGGAAGGUUUAUUUUUCCUGGUGAUGCUUUUGUUUGUUACAUAACUCCCUCUCCCCCCGAAACUCCCCUAUGGCUAUUAAUCUUUCUCAUAUUUUGUAAUAAAAUUUUAUCACAUGGA